CUCCCGCACCAUGCUCUCCCUGCUCCGCAGCACUUUGCCCCUGGUGCCCGGUGCCAGCCGCGCCAUGUCCGCCGUGUCCCUGCUCGUCUCCCCGGGCCGCUGCCUCUUUGACGACCCCCUGCGGCUCCGGGUCCGCGGUCUGAGCCCCGGGCAGGACGUCAGCCUCCGCACCGCUCUGACGGACGAGGCCGGCCACCUGUUCACCUCCGUGGGCCUGUACCGAGCGGACAGCGGCGGGGAGCUGGACUUCAGCCGGAGCCCGGCCCUGGAGGGCGGCAGCUACACCGGAGUGGAGCCGGAGGGGCCCCUGUGGUCCCUGGAGUCCGAGACUCCCCUCAGGAGGCUGCUGAAGAAGGACGUGCAGAGCCCGCUCCAGCUCCGCUUCUCCCUGCACCAGGCCCACGACCCGCCCGGGGCUCUCCUAGCUGCUGCCGCCCAGGAGAGGGGCUUCAUGGGGGAAGGGGUGACCCGGGUGCCAGUGCGGGAGGGACGGGUGCGGGGCAGCCUCUUCCUGCCGCCCGGUCCAGGUCCGUUUCCAGGAGUCAUUGAAGUUCAGGGGACGGGUGGAGGCCUCCUGGAUUACAAGGCGAGCCUGCUGGCUAAUAGAGGCUUUGCCACGCUGGCAUUAGCUUACUAUAACUAUGAAGAUCUACCUAAAGACAUGAAGGAGCUUCGUCUGGAAUACUUCGAAGAAGCAGUAAACUAUAUGCUGCAACAUCCCAAGGUGAAGGGUCCGGGGAUAGGUCUCCUUGGCCAUUCUAAAGGUGGAGACUUGGUGCUUUCUAUGGCCUCCUUCCUUAAAGGUAUAGCGGCCACAGCUGUUGUGAAUGGCUCGGUGGCGAAUUCUGUCGCAGUCCUUCACUACAAGGACAACACUCUGCUUCCUAUUGGCUUUGAUGCUAGAAAGUUAAAACACCCUGAGCCAGGAGUGGGCGAUAUCCGUGAUGUAUUUCAUAAUCCGCUAGAAGAGGCUAACCGCAAGAGCCUUAUUCCUGUUGGGAAAGCCGACUGCAAGUUUCUGUUUAUUGUGGCAGAAGAUGACAGGAACUGGAAGAGUGACUUUCACGCCCAAGCGGCGUGCCAGCUUCUGCAAGAGGAAGGCAAAGAAAAGCCUGAAGUGGUGUACUAUCCCAAAGCCGGCCAUUACCUAGAGCCGCCCUAUUUCCCCUUGUGUAAGGUGUCUGUGCACAGGCUUGUUGGUAUUCCCGUGGUUUGGGGAGGAGAACCAAAAGCUCAUGCAAUGGCACAAGUGGACUCAUGGCAGAGAAUUCAGGCCUUCUUGCACAAGCAUCUCAAAAGUUGCCUGGAGAAUAAAUUAUGACCAUAUUGUAUUAUGAGCACAUGGCCUUAAAGGGAUUCUGUUAAAGGGGAAUAUUAAUUAUUAAUAUUUUGCAUUAGAAUUAAUAUUAAUAAAUAGUGCUAUUGUUAACUCUGCCUAUUUCCUUUAUUCUACCUGUUGCGCUACCUUUUUCUGAACUGCGUGCCCUGAAUUAC